AUGUCCACCAGCGCAUCAUCCUCUACGCUCCUUUCACAAGCAUCCGGAGCAUCGGCCACGGCAUUAUACAACUUCAGACUCCUUUCUGCUCUACGCUCGGACAAUGCAGCGGAGGUACAGCCAUUCCUCGACGAAUUGAGGCCAUCCGCCAAAUCUGUGGAGGGUCAAGAAGAUCUUGACAAAGCUGGAAGAUUGUUGGGGAUGGCAGUGAGGGUUGCUUCAGUACCGAUCAUAAACCUAAUCCUACAAUCACCUGCCAUAACCAAUCCCAACUUACCCGUUAAUCCUGGUUCGUCCACUACUCCGUUACAUGUUGCCAGCGAAAUAGGUAGAACGGAAGUUGUCGAGGUGCUCUUGAGCGAUCCGAGGAUCAAUGAUACUGUCCGGGACGAACAAGGUAGAACGGCAUUAGAGUGCUCCGCUACUUCCGAGAUCUCACAUCUGAUCGAAGACUCUCGAGGUCAAUUACAACUCAGAUAUCUCGCGAGAUUAGCGGGAUAUAUCUCUAGUCCGCUAAGCUCAGUCGACGAAAGCUUGAAUAUGGUUGAGUUCCUCGAGGGACCGAGGACCGGCAUCUUGAACUUGAGUGCGUUGGACGAAAGAAGCGGUACUUCCAUCUUGCAUGAAGCCGCUAGGCGACGGGACCUCAGACUAGUUGAGUUAGCAGUGAAGAGAGGUGCAGAUGUAUUUGUGCGGGACAAGAGGGGUAGAAGAGUUUUGGAUGGUGAGAAGAACGCGGAUGAGAGGAUCAAGGUGUUCUUGAGACAAUUCAAUAACCAAGAUAGUCUGGUAGAAGCCAAAAGUGAUGGCAGACCACCCGAUCUUCGAGGAUUUCUUAGUAAAUGGGUGAAUUAUAGAAGUGGAUGGAGGACAAGGUGGUUCGUCCUGGAGAACGGUGUUCUAAGCUAUUACCGAAAUCGAGAAGAUGAACAAGUCGCGUGUAGAGGUUCGAUCGCGAUGGCGGUUGCAACUCUGCACCCUUCGACCGACGGAUCGCGAUUCGAGGUUCAUUCCAAAGUGUCAUCAUCCGUGCCCAAAUUUAUCGUAAAAUCGGCCCACCGAGCGGAGAUUGCUAGAUGGGUUCAGUCAAUCCGGCUAAAUAUCGAAUAUUACCAGAAGAAAGGGAACUCGGAAGGUCAACCCAAGAGAAGUAUGAGCAUGAAUCAAGACAAGCAAUCUGUACAAGCGUUACCCGCAGCCGAUGCCUUCCUUAGUCCAAAAUUACAACGAUCCACCACUGGACUGAGUGGGCUUAGUGUCCCUGCUCCAACAGCUGAGGGAAGCAGGACAAGGGACUUGUCAUCUUCAAGAACCAAUCUCACCGAGGACGAUGCGACGGAGAUCUUAUCAGUAUAUGAAGGGGCAGACAAUGGUAGUAUCACAGGUAGUGGUGAUCAACAUGCUGGUAUACCCCACGAAACAGCCUUUGAUCUCGGCGCACAAAGUAUCAAAGCCCAGUUGGAAAUGACUAUCCAGCUGGUCGACUCGAUCGUUACUCCUCCUGCAUCGACCAACGCCUCUCCCGUCAGAGGUGGAGGAGCAGAUAUGGCAAGAACCUCAUCUCGUCAACAAGCGGUGAAGAACGCUCUUAGGGAAUCGCUGUCUGGUCUAUCGAACAUGAUCGCUCACCAGAAUAUUAUGACCUAUGACAGGGAGAAAUACCUGUUGAACAGAAUCCAACGAGAAGUGGAAGCUAGACAUCUGUGGGAAGAAAACAUGUUGACUGUCGCUCAGCAGCAGGCUGAGGCUGAUCGUCAGUUGACAGAAGCUGCCAAGGAUAACGAGAAGAAACGAAAGGCUUUGAAACAAGCUAAAGAAGUAUUAGCGAAUUUGGCUGGGUCAGAUAAUCUACCUAGUUUACCUACUUCUCCUGGGGUCCCCGAAAUCCGAACUGCUGUUGUUGAUCAGAAACUUUUAAAUCAAGCUACCAAAGAUCUUGAGAAAACAUCUGUACCUGUCAAACCGCCCAUCACUCCCCGACCAUCUAUACCGAAUAUCCAAGAAGCCCAUAAUGCGAUAUUGGCUGCUGAGUCGGAUGAGGAAGAAGACGAUGAUGAUGAAUUUUUCGAUGCAAUCGAAACUGGUACGAUACCGAACUUGAAAUUAUACGAAAGUAUCGCUCAUCCAGAGAAAGAAAGGCCUGGUACACCUACUGCGCUGGAAAGACAGAGCUUUAGUCUGGAAGUCCAGAAACAGCCUCAAAAGGGAACUAUCAAGGAAUACUUGGCGAGGAAAAGCUUGGAACCUUACUUGCAUGUUAGAAAUAGAUUACCCAUUGAUGAUGAUAAGAGACCCUCGGUCAGCUUAUGGAGUAUCUUGAAGUCUUCUGUUGGAAAGGAUCUCACCAAGAUUUCUUUCCCCGUGAGCUUCAAUGAAUGUACAUCGAUGCUGCAGAGAAUGGCGGAGGAUAUGGAGUACGAUGCUUGUUUGACGGUAGCUGCCUCCGAGCAAGAUUCACUCAAGAGAAUAGCCUUUGUCGGAGCAUUCGCCAUGUCAAACUAUUCAUCUACCAUCGGUCGAAUUGCCAAACCUUUUAAUCCGUUGUUAUCGCAAUCUUUCGAAUAUGCUAUUCCGAAUAGAUAUAGAUAUAUUUCGGAACAAGUAUCACAUCAUCCACCAAUCUCUGCAUGUUACUCUGAAUCGCCCACCUGGAAAUACUACGGAGAAGUGGAUGCUCAGAACAAGUUCCAGGGAAGAUCAUUCGAGAUUAGACCCACCGGUGUGGCUCAUGCUGAACUGAUCAUACCUAAAUCAUGGGUAAAACAAGGGUUGGACUAUCCUGAUGCGGAUCAUGAGUACGGUGAAGGUUUGGUAGUGGAACAUUACUCAUGGAAGAAAGUCACUACCAACGUAUCUAACUUUAUCAUGGGUACACCCUUGAUUGACCAUUAUGGUGAUCUCAUCGUCACCAACCAUCGAACGGGUGAAACAUGUACAUUAACGUUCAAACCCCGUGGAUGGAGAGGUAAAGAUGCAUUCGAGAUCAAGGGGAAUGUAGUAGACGCGAAUGGUAAUACAGCGUGGGACAUUGCAGGAAGAUGGGAUACGCAACUUAUCGCUAGGCAAUCAGGUACUUCUGCUCCUUUAGAGGUGGACACUACUUUCCAUCCUACUCAGAAAGAGUACUUGCUAUUAUGGAGGAAUAGUGAGAAACCUAAGGCGCCUUUCAACUUGACUCCGUUCGCUGUUACUUUGAACGACAUACCAGGAGAUUUGAAGAAAUAUCUUGCACCAACAGAUUGUAGAUUACGAACCGAUCAAAGGGCAUUCGAAAAUGCAGAAUAUGACAGAGCGCAAGAGCUAAAAACACUCAACGAAGAAAAACAACGUACAACCCGAAAACUCCGUGCUGAAGGUAAACUCCCACCUCACGAACCGAGAUGGUUCACAUCCUCCGUGGAUGCGGAUUCAGGAGAGAGAUUAUGGUUACCUAAACGAUCGGAUGAUGGGGAAGUGGCAUUCUGGCAUGAGAGGGAAAGAGCUAAUUGGGAUGAAAUUGGAGUGGAUCAUAUAUUCGCUGAGGAUGAACGAUAA